GAGUACAACAGAUCAUUCAAAUACCGUGAACAAGCUGCAUUGCUAUAAUAUUCUGUAAAAAUCCUUUAUAAACUAGCGAUAUAUUCAUUGUGUACUAUUCUGCGACUCGGCAUAUACACGCGCACAAGCUAGAAAGUCUGUCUCAGUUCCGCUAAAAAAAGGUUUACCCGACAUGGCAAUAGAGAUGCCAAUUGACAAGAUUGCCGAGGCCUUCACCAUCGGAAUUGAGCAGGGGCCAAAGGAACUCGAGGAUUAUUACGAUAAAUGGGCGGUAGAUAUAUCAGCAGAAAACUACGAUCAGGUUCUAAAAGAGGCUGGGUAUGUAGGACCUGCCGCUGUUGCUUCUAUACUCAACAGACUUGUGCAGGAUAAGACAAAGAAGAUUCUUGAUGUUGGAUGUGGAACAGGGAUGGUCGGUGAAGAGCUUGCUAAACUGGGUUUCAGCAACGUUUCUGGAGUAGACCCAUCGCAAGAAAGCCUCAAUGCAUGUAAAACCAAAGGAGUUUAUAAAGAGUUGAUCCACAGCUACGUUGGACCUGUGCAACUAGAGAUUGAAGAAAAUUCCUUUGAUGGAGCCGUAUCAAGCGGUACCUUUCUUCCUGGUCAUUGCGAUGGGACGUCAUUAAAAGAAGUGGUUAGACUCGUUAAACCAGGUGGAGCCAUCGUGAUUGCGACAAGGAAAACAUGGUACAUGGAGAAACCAGGGGAAUGGAAUUAUGCCAAAUGGUCACCUGUCCCGAAUCAUCCAAAGGAAUUCAAUUUUCGAGCUGCCUCCGACGAACUCGUCUCGGCGAAAAAGUGCACUCUCGUCUACGAAGAGAUCCCGUCUUACGCCGAGGGAGAAAUGGGAAUAGGAUUGGUGUAUACAGUUCUCUGACGUCACAUAGUAGUGACAUAGUGUAGUGACGAAGCU